ACAACAACCUGUAAAUCUUAUUUCCAUUUUUUGUCAACACCCCCUGAACCCCAAGUAAAAUAUUUUUUUUAAAUAAAAGAAAAACAAUAUUGUAUAAAAAACAAUAAAAUCUACACAUAAAAUUGUCAAAUUAUAAUUCCCUCCCACUUUCUUACAUGUGACCACACUCUAUUGCCAACUUGGUACUUCCCCCUCUCCCUCUAUUUUCUCUCUCCUUUUUUUUUUUAAGUCAUGUACACCACCACUAUCACCACCGCGUUCGCCACCACAACCGCCACACACCACCACCAAAAUUAAUUAAAUAGUAAACACAAUUUCAAUAAAAACUAAACAAACCCAAAAAAAAAACAACAACAAUAACAUACUAAUAGUAAAAAGAAAAAGAACUAAAAAAAACCCCCACAAAAAGUAAAGGAAUGUCUUAACCCAGUUCUGAUUUUCAGCCCUUUUUCUCAGAACAAAUUGCAGAGAAGAAAAACAGAGGAAAAAAAAACAGGGGAAGAGAGAGAAAGUAGUAGAGAGAGAAAGUAGUAGAGAGAGAAAGUAGAAGAGAGAGAGAAAGAUGGGAGGGGUGACAUCUUCAAUGGCUGCUAAAUUUGCAUUUUUCCCACCAAACCCACCUUCAUAUAGAGUAAUGAAAGAUGAAUCAACAGGUUUACUACUUUUAGACCCAUACCCACAUAGGGAAAACGUCGACGUUUUGAAGAUCCCAACAAGAAGAAAUACUGAGAUUGUUGCUAUGUAUGUGAGGUAUCCAAUGGCAACUUCUACUUUGCUAUAUUCUCAUGGAAAUGCUGCUGAUAUUGGUCAGAUGUAUGAGCUUUUUGUUGAGUUGAGCAUCCAUUUGAAGGUUAAUAUCAUGGGGUAUGAUUAUGCCGGGUAUGGACAAUCAACAGGAAAGCCCACUGAGAAUAACACAUAUGCGGAUAUUGAAGCUGCAUACAAGUGUCUUGAAGAGAACUAUGGUGCCAAGCAGGAAGAUAUAAUUCUUUAUGGUCAAUCUGUUGGUAGUGGCCCCACUUUGGAUCUUGCCUCUCGUUUACCUCGAUUAAGGGCUGUUGUUUUGCAUAGUCCUAUACUCUCUGGCUUGAGAGUCAUGUAUCCUGUGAAGCGCACCUAUUGGUUUGACAUCUACAAGAAUAUUGAUAAGAUUCCAUUGGUGAAGUGUCCUAUUCUGGUAAUUCAUGGAAUGGCUGAUGAUGUAGUUGAUUUUUCUCAUGGUAAAACAUUGUGGGAAUUAUCCCAAGAAAAAUAUGAACCUUUGUGGCUCAAAGGAGGAAGUCAUUGUGACUUGGAACUUUUCCCCGAGUACAUCAAACAUCUCAAGAAAUUUGUGUCCACAGUGGAGAAACCACCCUCCCAAAGGCACAACAUCUCAAGAAGAAGUGUAGACAAGCCUGAAAACUCACGAAAGAGCGUUGACGGUAUUGAUCCUUCUAGGAAAAGUACUGACCGCAGAGAGAAACCAAGGAAAAGCACAGACCGACCAGAAAUGCUGAGGUUACACGAGUACAAAGCCAGCAGCAUCAAUAAGCUAGAGAAAUUGAACAUUCCUUUUGAACAGUUGGAGAGGUCCCGCAGAAGUGUUGAAUAUCAUGACAGGUCUCGGAAAAGUGUCGAUUUACAGUUUGAGAAGGGUCGGCGUAGUGUGGAUUGGGUGGAUAGAAUAAGAGCUGUUUGAAGGUUGUGAGAUCACUGUAAAGUAAUGUUUCAUGUGAAAGGGAAAGAGGACAGAAGAAAAUACAUACAAGUGAAUAGAACAAGCAAACUGGGUAAAGAAAUGGUGAACAAUUCAUUGGAUGGUAUAACUUAAGGAUUUCGGAAUUGGAUGUUUUUAGAUUCUUGGAUAUUCGAUUGAAGUUUCAAUCUGGAAAUUUAGAUAUGGCGUAGGAGUAAUUGGGUUCUUGUUUCAUAGGUAUUUCAAAUGGAAGAGUCCUAACAUGUAGUGUUUUCCUUCAUUAUAAGGAAAUUAUGUGUUUUUUUCGAACUCGUUGGUUUAGCAGUAAAUUUGACUUGUAUCAAUGUUCUUGAAUUUUACAUUGCUUUCUUGGUAAAUAGUAAAACAUGGUUCAAAACAUGUAAUGUCUUACAUGCUUGUUUACCUCGCAUUAUAACUUUGACCCUUGA